GGUCCUGGGUCUUACUUUCCUUGCCUAUAAAUUCUUAGAAACGGCACCCGCCUCCCUCACCUGUUUUCGCUACUGCCCUGUAUAUCUUUGGGAACUGACUGACUAGAAACUGAACUGACGAGAUCAGUUUCUACUGUCUACUGGCCAGUUAGUUACCUAUAAAGUCACAUGAAAAAGACUCACUAGUUUUAACUAGAAUAGCUAGCUAUGUCUUGAAUGGCUAAUAAAUUCUCCGAAGUUUCUGUUACAUUUUUUGUUAUAACAAUUUUAGCAUCAUGCCACUGUUUAUUGAUGGAAUAUUGAUCACAAAAGACGAAAAAUUACAUGCAGAAAGUAUAUUAGAAAGCUUUCUAAAGCUGAAGGAAAGAUCAUCAAAAUUUAUGCUGGAUAUUGGAUCAAGAAAAGUACAUUUAACGAAAGAUGAUAGAACGUUAUAUGUGUGUCAACGGGAAUAUGCUACCAUCUCUAAACACCAUAACAAACAAAAUUUUAAAUUCAUAGCCUCGGAUGAUGCAACAACGUGUCACAUUAUUGUUCUUAAAGAAUCAAGUAGUAAAUCGGUUAGUUUUGCACAUUUUGAUGGAGGUAACACAAAAGAAGGAUUAUAUGGAAUGUUGGAUGAGUUAAGGAAAAUAUCGGAUUGCCCAUCAUUGGUUGUUGAGUUGUUUAUUUUUGGUGGUUUCAUUGACAAGAAAAAAUAUUCAGAGAAGAUAUUUUCAGAUUUGCUUUCUGUUUGUAUAAACGUUCAAGAUACAAUACAUUUAAAUCUUGCUUGUGUAUAUUCUCUCAAUAAUACACUCGUCGAUGGCCAAUCCUGCCCUAUUAUAUAUGGUAUAGCAGUUAACAUAGAAACCUCUGAAUUACUUGUUGCUAGUUCAACUUAUCGUGGACCAGAUGUAGUUUUAAGGGAGGUGAGACUAAUGUAUAGUGACAUAUCACCUAUGGUAGGCAUAUAUGAUUUUAAUGAAAGUAUAGUAUACAUUGAACCAUUCACAUUUCACAGUCACCAAUACGCAAAUCAGUUGUUGAUGUUACCAGACAGUAAAUAUUUACAGUUAAUGUCAACAUCACCUCAUUGUGAACCAACCAAUUUUGUUAAAUCAAGUAAAAAUGCUAUCAUAUUUACUCUAAAUUUUAAUAACAGAAUAGAUGAAUUAUUUUGCAGUAAAAGACGGAAUUACAUUCUCGAUGAAAAUGGUGAAUGGAUAUUGCAAGACCAUAAGCAGUUAAAAUUGUUUUAAUAAGUAGCAUUUAUACUGUAAAAACACAUUACCAAAACAGUAUAUAUUUGUAUCUUUUUA